AUGGCGACCGGUGAGAGGCGAUCAAAUCUCAGGUUGAUCAAGACGUCUUUGAUUCUGGACCAAGGCGACACACGCACGACUCGCCAUGGAGACUGUCUCAGACUGUGUACUUACAACGCGAGAACAGUUUCCACAGACGCUGAUCUGUAUGCUCUUCUCGGAGCUGCAGAGCGUAUCAAAUUUCACGUGAUUGCUCUGCAGGAGACCAAGUGCAGGAGGAGCGACGUGCGACAGAUGAAUGACGGUACACUUGUCAUUCGUGGAGAGAAGGUUCCGUCGCGAAAUGUAGGCGGUGUUGGUUUUGUUGUGCACCCAUCCGUCGUCCAUCUUGUCGAUUCUCACGAGAUCCUGUUACCUCGUCUGGCCAUACUUCGCCUCCGCGCUCUGCGCCAAAAACCUAAUAGUAUCAUCAACUGCUACUCACCAACAUCAGCAGCUGAUGAUUCCGAAUUAGACGAGUCUUAUGAGGAGCUGGAGGAAGUAAUCCGCAACGAGAAGCCCUUCUACAAAUUAGCUGUCGGGGACUUCAGCGCAAAACUAGGAAAGGCCACAGAAGAGAUACACAGGAUUGGAAGAUUUGGACUAGGGGACCGGGAUGAAAAUGGCAAUCGCCUCAUCGGGCUGUUGUCCGCCGCUCGCCUCUUUCAUGGGAACUCUCUUUUCAUGAAAAAAGAUCAUCGUCGGUGGACAUGGGAAUCGCCCAAUGGCGCGACUCGUGUGGAGAUCGACCACAUACUCACCAAACGGAAGUGGUGUCUACCUGACGUAUCAGUAGUACCAUCCUUUUGUAGUGGUUCUGAUCACCGUCUCCUUCGUGCAAGAAUACGACUUAGCCGUACGAUGGAAAAGAAAAUCUGCUAUCGGCAACGAAGGAGAAAAUAA